GUGCCGGGGCCAUGGCGGGCGCGGGGCGGCUUCAGGACCUGGAUCUCAGCGCCGAGGAGGCCGAGCGGCUCCAGCGCGCUUUCCGCGACGAGAGGUUCCGCGCGCUGUUCGCAGAGUACGCGGCCGAGCUGACCGACCCCGAGCAGCGCCGGCUGUAUGAGGAGGAAGUGGCGGCGCUGGAGCGGGAGCGCGGCGUUGAGGUGCGCUUCGUGCACCCCACGCCGGGCUUCGUGCUGCGGACGAGCCAGGAGGGCUCCCGCCGCUGCUACAUCAAUGUCUGCAGCAACGCGCUGAUGGGGGAGCCGCGGGCCCGCGCCGAGCGCGGCGGGCAGCGCUGGGAGCUGCCCUACAGCAUGGCCCCGGGCCGCGAAGAGCUGCGCCCCGCCGGCCGCCGCCGCCUCCUGUACGACGUGGUGUUCCACCCUGCCGCGCUGCGGCUGGCCGCCCGCAGCGCCCGCUUCCGCCGCCUGCUCUGCGACACGGCGCUGGAGGCCGUGGAGAGCCGCUGCGGGGUGCGGCUGGACCGCAACAACGCCACCGUCCUGCGAGGAGUCUCCUACAAAGGCGUCCCACAGGCGCCCGUCAUCCGCUCCCCGCUGUCCGGCGGCGCCCCAAAGCCGCCCGAGGACGGGGAGUUCCCGCUGCCGCCCUUCCCCUUCCCUCCCGCCGCCGCCCCAAAGCCGCCCGCCGCCGGAGGCUCCUCGCCCGCCGCGCCCCCGCCGCCCUCCGGCCCCACCACGCCGCGCUGGAGCAUCCGCCACCGCUCCUACGUGGACCUGCAGGACUACCGGCACAGCCGCGACUCUGCGCCCAGCCCGGUGCCGCGGGAGCUGGUGGUGACAGUGGAGCUGCCGCUGCUGCGCUCCGCCGAGCAGGCGGAGCUGGAGAUCCGCGGGCGGGAGCUGCGGCUGGACUCGCGGUGUCCCGCCUACCGCCUGCGGCUCCCCCUCCCGUACGACGUGGACGAGAGCGGCGGGCGGGCCACCUUCAACAGGGCCCAGCGGCAGCUGCAGGUCACGCUGCCCGUGGUGCCGCCGCCGGGCCCGCGGGAGCGGCGGGAGGAGGCCGGGCCCGCAGCCGAGGAGCCGGCGGAGGCAGGGCCGGCAGAGGCGGGCGGCGGAGCGGCUCCUCCUCCGGAACUCGGCCCUGGCGGCGCGGUCCGGAGCACGUGUGGCGGCGGGGAGGCCGGUGAUCCACUCGCCAAACCCCCGACUGAGGCACUUUGUGAUCCGUCUGCCCAUUCCCUUGCUGAACUGCCCGUAGAACCACUCUGUGACCCGCUCGCUGAUCCCGCCGAACCCCUCACUGAACCCCCCCUGGAUCCAACCUCUGAACCCUUUGCUGAUUCCCCCGCUGAACUCCCCGCUGAACCUGCCACUGAUCCAAGCUCUGAACCCCCUGCUGCUCCAACCACUGACCCCCCCUCUGAACCCUCCGCUGAUCCACCCGCAGAACCACCCAGCGAGCCCCCGGACCCGCCACCGCCCUGCUCCGGUGCCGCUUCCCCCAUGGGCAGCCCCGAGCCGGCCAUGCCCACGGGGGACACCCCUCCGCAGGCCUCCGAGGAGACGGCCAAGUGCCCUCCUUUCCGUGCCCGGCAGGACGAGGCGUCCCUCACCCUGCUGCUGCUGGUGCCCGGCAUCCAGCCCCAGAGCCUCCACGGCGAUGUGGGCACGCACCAUUACAGCCUCCGCUUCUGCAGCGACACCGCUGCCUUCGCCCUCUUCCUGCGCUUCCCUCCCGCAGCCGCGCUGCUGAGCCCCGAGAGCAGCGUCAGCUUCUCUGCCCACAACGCCGUGGUGCGGCUCGCCAAGGCCCCCGGCAGCACCGGCCUCUGGGACAAGUUCAGCUUCGGCCUCGACCCCUCCGCUCUGCAGGAAAGAUUGUUUGUCAGUGAGGAGAACGUUGAUGGAUUUCUAGGCACUGCUUUCUGCCCUUCCCCUUGCUCCCAAUCAGCACUGGAAAGGCAGCCAUUAAUUGAAGUGCUGGAUGUUACUGAGGACAGAAUUCAAAUCAGGGUGGAGCCACAGGAACGUGAUGGAGAAGGAACACUUGGCAGCUCGGGGGGAGCCCUCGCUGGAAGGACCGACAGCAACUACCCUGAAACAAAGGCAGAAACAGAGUGUCCUGCAGCCGAGGGAGGUGCUGCAGGGUCCAGCCCCGCUCCCACAGCUGGAACAAUAGGAAAAGCAGGCUGUGCUUCACACCAUUGUUUGCAGCAUGAACCUCCUGCCACCAGUUCAGCGAUUCCUGGCGGAUCUGGGAGAAAGGAGCCCGAUUUAGAAAGUGCUGCUGCAGCAGGACACACAGCCCCGGCCCCAGGCUCUGGAAAACAAGGAGAAGUGCCAGGGGAUGAGGAUGAGGAUGAGGAGGCAGCCCCAGGGCUGGGCAGCAGGGCAGGAUCCCCCGUGCUGCGGGAGGUGAACCCCGAGGACGGGAGCGUGCGGAUCCUCCGCGAUCACCGCACGCGCUGCCCCGUCCCCUUCCACAACUCUUUGCUCUACGAGCUGGAUUAGUUUCAUCGAUUCAAGGAUUUCCUUCUGUUGUUUGAUGCUUGCUCUGACUUCCAUGUGAUGAUUCCAGGGCCCAUGGGUUCCCACUGAAACCAGUGCAACACCAAAACCUUCCUUAACUUAAAAUUGUUAAUAAUUUUCUAAUCACAUCUUUGGCAAUAAUUUUACUUACAACAAAAGUUUGCAGUUGGAGGUGACUCUGAGCUCCUGGAAAAAAAUGUAUCUUUAUUGUUUACAUAAAUUUUUUUAUUCUCUUCCCUCGUUUCAGGGAUUAUUUGUAUAUAUCCUCGGUCUAAUGGCUCCCUCGGGAAUUGAGCAGUAGUCAUCAUUUUCCAAACCUUUCAUUUUGUGAUAACUGCAGGAUUAGACUCGCAGUGAUUCUUAGCAAUCAAAUGAAAUUUCUAAUUACCCGGAGAAGUUCUAAUUAGUCUCCUAGAAAUAAUCAACAUUUAUACCCUGUAUUCCAUCCUAGUGCUGUGCUUCAGAUCUGCAGCACCCAGAUAUCCCCCAGCUGAACAAAUUCCAUUGCACAAGAACAUCCUCUGGGUGCAUGUCUGCUCUGAAGUAUUUACAAUUGGUGAAAUAGAUUCUCUUUAUCCAGAUUAGAUUUAUUUUUCUCAGUUUCCCUCGAACUUCAGCGUUUCUCACCCCCCUAAAGCACAAUAACCGAGAGAACACAUCUAAUAAUAAACUUCCUGUUCCCCUUUCCUCGCUGCUGAACCAACUUCUGUUUUCGUUUGAGAGGUGCUUUAGAGGAGAGUUCAUUUUGCCUCAUUUCAGGGCACUGCUGUCACAUUUCUCUGUGACCCGUUUGGGUGUGUGGUUUCAGAGCUCAGCAGGAGCCACAGCUGCCCCAAACACCUGCCCUGCCCUCCCUGGUGCCACAUCCUGCAGGAGCUUUGCUGGGCUCAGCUUAACCCCUUCAGCUUUUUGGGAGAGGUCUCGGAGUGUGAGGCACCAGCACAGCUUCAACACCAGCCCCGACCCAGCGGAACAGAACACAGAGCGAUUACCUUACAAAAUUUUGCUUAAAUAAGCCCUGGAAAAAGAAAAAAAACCCAGCAUUUUCUUUCUCUGCCAUAUUUCUGUGUUCUACAAAAGCUGCUGAGGUGCUUUUGCCACAGCUGAGUUCAAAGAGGAGUGGCCUUAGAGCUGCUGCAGCAUUCACAGACGGCUCCGUGGCCCCAGCUCAGCCCCUUCCCACCCCACAGCAGCAGUUUUGACACAGCUGAUUUGGAACAACUUUUUCUUUUUUUAAAUCCAAACAAAAGAGGUGUUGUGCCACCAAUUUGCUACUCUUUUCUGCCUCGAUUAAUGAGUAUCAUUAAAAAUUUAAUGAAGUUAAAUGCACACUGCUAGAAGGGGUGAUGGCACACGUCCAGCCCUCGGGAUUAAAGAAG